AUCAUUGUAUAUUCUUUUAAAAUAUCAGUUGAUGAUUCUGACUAGACGAUGCAUCAAUUCAAAACACUAAAGAAAUGAAAAAAUCCAGUGUAGCAACAACUAGUCUUGAUGAAAAAAGGGUGGAAGAUUUGAGAAAAUCGCAAGAUGCUUCAAAAAUGAAUGAAUUGGCCGACUUCGAAACUGCCGUCGAAGCAACAGGAUUUGGAAAGUUCAACUUGAUAUUGCUGUUGAUCAGCGUCCCAACUUCGUUAUCACAGGCUUUCGAGCAAAUGACGUUAUCCUUUGUGAUUCCAAUAGCUCAGUGUGAUCUGCAUUUAACACUGGAAGAUAAAGGAAUGCUCAACGCUAUUGCUUUCGCAGGAAUGAUAUCAAGUGGUUUUGUCUCUGGAUACCUAUGCGAUUUUUUUGGAAGAAGAAAAAUGAUAAUUAUUGGACAUACUCUACAAGCUUUCUUCACCAUUCUGGCGUCUUUAUCUCAGACUUUUCCAAUGUUGAUGGCAGCAAAAUUCUUCAGCGGAUUUUGUUUUAAUGGGGGUUUCUCUGCAUUCACUUCGUACCUCACCGAAUGGCAUUCUUCCAAAUACAGGGGCGUGGUGCAACUUGUACGAGGUACUGCUAUAGCAUUUGGGAAUGUAGUUGUACCCCUAUUAGCCUGGGGCAUUCUUCCCCAAGGCAUAUAUUUUCGACUGUUUGGUGUCUCAGACAUCCACUCCUGGAAUGUAUUUAUUCUCGCCACGAUAUUGGCUCCGUUAAUUUGUGCUUCGACGUCUUAUUUUGCCCCGGAGAGUCCCAAAUUUCUGAUGACCAGUGGAAGGAAUGAAGAAGCUCUGAGGGUUUUUAGAAUGGCUUACAGCAUGAAUACCGGAAAAUCUGUAGAAUCAUAUCCAAUCAAACAGCUUGUGGAUGAAAGAAGUCAUAUGACAAGGAGAAAGUCUGUCGAGAAGAUCAAGAAUAGUUUUCAGGCUUUGAAGCCUCUGAUCACACCACCAUAUCUCUACAAACUGAUACUUGUGUGUAUUACUGCAUGCUUUAUAUUGAUGGGAAACCAUUCCUUGAAGCUAUGGUUUCCUCAACUUCUUCAGAGCAUCAACGAUUAUCAGCAGUACAAUAAUGGUUCCAGUUCAGGAAUGUGCGAGAUCAUCGACUUUUUGAAUGAAAAAACCACAACAACGUCAGAAGCUUGCGAUGUGAAUCUGGAUAAUUCGUCAGUCUACAUCAAUGCCAUAAUUAUCGGAUGUGUACAAAUAGCACAGUUCACUAUUGCAGGAUUUUUCUUGAGGUUAUUGGGACACAGAGUAUUAGCAGGAAUAACAACGAGCAUAUCAGGAGCUUGUGCCAUAGGAAUAUAUUUUGCGAAAAACUCCACAACUAUCACUGCGUUAUUCUCGAUAUUCAUUGGAUUCUUUGAACUGGCUGGAAAUACAGUGCUGACAAUGACCCUAGAAAUAUUUCCCACGACUUGCAGGACAACGGCUCUUUCUUUUCAUCUCACUAUGGCCCGUAUAGGAUCCAUAACAGGAAAUAUGAUAUUCUCCAAGUUGAUAUCAUCAGGAUGUCUUUACCCUUUUAUCUUCUGCAGCGGAUUGGCUUUCACGAUUCCCAUCUUGAUGUGUUUUUAUCCAAACUUGACGAAUAAGGCUCUUGUUUAGAAACGUUCGAUAGUAGCAGCAUUAUUGAAAGAUCACCAGGAACUUCCAAAAUAGGAAAAAAAAGAUCGACAUCAGUAGAACCUUACCUUGAUGAUAUGAAUGUUAUAAAGUCGAUUGAACCAUUACAAACUUUCAUUUUA